AUGUCCAAUGGAUUGUAUAAGAGGAUUGGAAUGAAUCAGAAUGAUCGCGUCAGCAUCAUCGUCUUUAUCCCUACGAACCCCAAACUCUUGGCAAAGCUGGCCGACACCCCGCAUCUCGAUAAGAUAAGACCCGGCAACAACAAGAUGACUUCCCAACCAGAGCUCACGUCGACCACACCGGCGACCAACAACCAGAAUGUCGACCUCGGCAACACCACCGCCCAGCUCGACAACCUUGCGAUCGAAGAGGAAGACGAGGACGACCUCCAAGAUGUCUUUGAAUCUGACGAUGACCUCGACUACGAAGACGGUGGCGCCGAUUUGACCAAGUCGUAUAACCGCCAACAACAUGGCGCCGGCGGUACCAACUCCCAACAGUCCCAGCAGGCCCAGGCCCAAGCACAACAACAAAAACCUACUGCCAACACUUCGGCCCGCGUCGACGACCAGAUCGCCGCCCUCUCCAAGUUCGCCGGAAAGAUUCGUAUCGACGCCUUCGACAAUGCCUCCGGGCCCGCCGAACGUAACAAGGACAAGGCCGACCGCGCCACCUCGGAGCUCGUACUCGACCAGCGCACCCGCAUGAUCCUGCUGCAGAUGAUCAACCAGGGAUUCGUCUCCGAGAUCCACGGUGCCAUCAGCACAGGCAAGGAAGCCAACGUCUACGGUGCUGUCCUCCAUCCCGAAGACGGUUCUGCCCCGGUACACAAGGCCAUCAAGGUCUACAAGACAGCCAUUCUGGUGUUCAAGGAUCGCGAGAAGUACAUCACGGGCGAACACCGCUUCAAGAGCGGCAGCGAAAAGGGCAACAACAGGAAGAUGGUGAAGCUCUGGGCCGAGAAGGAGUUCCGCAACCUGCGCCGUCUAUACACAGCCGGCAUUCCCUGCCCGGAACCCAUCAAGCUCAAGCUGCACGUUUUGGUCAUGAGCUUCCUUGGCGACCGCAAGGGCUGGGCCUACCCCCGUCUGCGCGACGCUCCCAUCUCAGGCGACGACGCCGACGACCAAUGGCGCGACCUGUACAUCCAGCUCUUGGGACUCAUGCGCAAGCUGUACCAAGUCUGCCGUCUCGUGCACGCUGAUUUGUCCGAAUACAACAUCCUUUACAACAACAAGAAGCUGUACAUCAUCGAUGUUUCGCAAUCCGUCGAGCACGACCAUCCCCACUCGCUCGAGUUUUUGCGCAUGGAUAUCAAGAACGUUGGCGACUUCUUCAGGAGAAAGGGCGUCGACACUUUGCCCGAUCGCACUAUUUUCGAUUUCAUCGUCAACCCCCACGGACCUUCGGAGGAACCCGGCAUGAAGGAGACGGUCGAGCAGCUGUACGCCACAAGAGUCGAGAUCGAGGAUACCGAGGAGGCCCGCGCCGAGCAGGAGGUCGACAACGAGGUGUUCAGGAAUCAGUACAUCCCCAAGACGCUGAACGAGGUUUACGACAUCGAGAAGGAUGUCGCCAAGGUUAAUGAGGGUCAGGGCGAGGAUUUGGUGUACAAGAACUUGUUGGCGAACUCUGUGGUGCAGAAGACGGCGGAGGAUGACGAAGAGGAGGGUUCCGAGGAGGAGGAGGGAUCCGAGGAACAAGAAGAGGGCAGCAAGAGGUUCAUUGACAAGAACGAAAAGAAGGAACACAAGGCGGCGGUCAAGGAGGCCAAGAGGGAGAAGAGGAAAGAGAAGAUACCCAAGGCUGUGAAGAAGAAGUUGGUCAGCAGCUCGUCGCGGAGGAAGCACUGA